AUGUCGUCCAGCUCCUUUCCAGGGACGAAUCCUUUUUCCAACUCCAGCGGCAGUGCUUCUGGAGCUCCAGCCUUUGCCAAGAUAUCGGAGGAAGAGGAAUAUGAGGUGACAUCUCCAACUGACCCGACCUUCCACAAUGCCCAUGCAGGCUCCGGCGCUCCGACGUCCGGACACCUCUUCUCUGGACGGGGUGGUUUGGGAGGUGCCACGAGUGAGAGUGUUUUUGGCACCAGCCCGUUCGAAGACUCUGAGAGCAAUAACAACGGCGAAGACGAGCUCUCUGCUCCUCCUGGCUCCUUUCGUCCCACAGGCGGCUCCAACAACCAAGGGUUACCGAAUAACUAUGCCCUCGGACGCCGGACAUCGGUCUCGGCAGAAUCCCUGAAUCCGACUUCGUCGGGGGGAGACAGUUGGUCCCCGCCUUACCACCCCAAAACCCCCGAACAGCUCGCCCGGUUGAAGAAUGCCGUCAGCGGGAACUUCUUGUUCUCUCACCUGGACGAUGAGCACCUCAAGACCGUCCUUGAUGCCUUGGUGGAGAAGCCCAUUCCGGCCAAGGAUAUCAAAGUCAUCACCCAGGGGGAUGCGGGAGACUAUUUCUACAUCGUUGAAGAUGGUCACUUUGAUGUCUACAUCAACCCAUCCGGUUCCGUUCAGUCCGGUCCUGACGGGCUGGGCAACCACGUCGGGACGAUUGGUCCUGGCGGUUCAUUCGGUGAACUGGCCUUGAUGUAUAACGCCCCGCGGGCCGCGACCAUCGUGUCUACGGACCCAAAGUCGACGCUCUGGGCUCUUGACCGGGUGACCUUCCGCCGCAUCCUCAUGGACUCCGCCUUCCAGCGGCGACGCAUGUAUGAAGCCUUUCUCGAAGAGGUGCCGUUACUGGCCUCUCUCAAACCUUAUGAGCGAUCCAAGAUCGCCGAUGCACUUGACACGAUCAAAUACCCAGCCGGGACCACCAUCAUCCAGGAAGGCGGUCCCGGUGACUCCUUUUACCUUCUGGAGUCGGGUGAAGCAGAAGCCUUCAAGAGCGGGUCCGACCGUCCCGUCAAAUCCUAUUCGCGAGGCGAUUACUUCGGUGAACUGGCGCUGCUUGAUGAUAAACCUCGAGCUGCGAGUGUGGUGGCCAAAACAGAUGUCAAGGUCGCCCGACUGGGCCGGGAUGGUUUCAAGCGACUGUUGGGUCCUGUGGAAGAAAUUAUGCGGCGAGCUGACUACAACGCUGGUUCUCAAACCAGUACUCCGGCUCAGAGUUGA